UUUUCGGAUUUUACUGGACUGAGGUCAAUAAGUGAUACUGUCUUGAAAUCUUUAGGGACCAAAAUUAACUCGGCGGUUUACAAACAAGUCGCACACUCUUCACGCAAAAACAAGAACAAACAAGAGCAGCGAUUAUCUAACUUCAAAUGGCAAGAGAUAGCUGCUUAGCACGUGUCGGCGCCGGAGUUGCCGUUGGCGGUGCUGUCGGCGGUGCGGUCGGUGCUGUUUAUGGGACUUAUGAGGCUAUUAGAUAUAAGGUUCCAGGAAUACUAAAGAUCAGAUAUAUUGGUCAAACUACCUUAGGGAGUGCAGCAAUUUUUGGUCUUUUCUUGGGUGCUGGUAGCUUGAUACAUUGUGGGAAAUCUUACUAACUUUUCUCUUGCUUUGUGACAUUUAGGUUGUGUUAAUUUGUGUUAUCAUAAGUGCCUUUAAUGCUUAGUAAUAUUUUUUUUUAUUCCAUGUUCUGUAGAGGAGGAAUUCUGCACCUUUAUGUCUGUUUUUUUAAUUGUUUUAUGAAUUUUGACAGAAAAUGAUGGUAUUUAUAUUUAUGUUGGAAGCUGUGAUCUUAAAAAAAAAAAGGGAUUACAUAUGUUUUUAGGGGUAUAAUACUUGCGGAGUGAGAGGACAUUUUACUUUAUCACAUUUCGGUAUUACUAUCGAUUGAGUUUAUUAGAGGAAGUAUAUUCAUAAAUUU